CACGUGGGCCCCGGCGCCGAGAAGUCUCCGCCCCGAGCUGGAGCGGCUGGGCUGGCUGCGGAGCGGUGCUGGGGCUGGCCGAGGGGCGGCCACCCGGAGCCGGGAUGCCAGAAGGGCCGCUGGUGAGGAAAUUUCACCAUUUGGUCUCCCCCUUUGUGGGCCAGCAGGUGGUCAAGACAGGGGGCAGCAGCAGGAAGCUACAGCCCGCCGGCCUGCAGUCUCUGUGGCUCCAGGAUGCCCAGGUCCAUGGAAAGAGAUUAUUCCUUAGAUUUGAUCCAGAUGAAGAAAUGGGGCCACUUGGCAACAGCCCACCACCAGAGCCUCCACAAAAAGACACGCAGAAGGAAGGGGCUGCAGACCCAAGGCAGGCCCGGGAGCCCAGCGGGUGGAAGACCCCUGAUGGAUCAUCACAGUCUGCAGGACUGGUCCCCCAGGGAGAGGGUGACUCACAGUGUUUGGCAGGAGCCAUCCCUGCAGAAGGUGCUGGAAGGUGGCUGCGUGUCUGUUUUGGUUUGUUUGGCAGCAUUUGGGUGAACGAGUUCUCCAGAGCCAAGAAAGCCAACAAGAGGGGUGACUGGAGGGACCCUGCCCCCAGGUUGGUCCUGCACUUUGGUGGUGGUGGCUUCCUAGCAUUUUAUAAUUGUCAGAUGUCCUGGAGCUCUUCCCCAGCGGUCACACCCACCUGUGACAUCCUGUCUGAGAAGUUCCAUCGAGGACAAGCCUUGGAAGCUCUAGGCCAGGCUCAGCCUGUCUGCUAUACGCUGUUGGACCAGAAACACUUCUCAGGGCUAGGGAACAUCAUUAAGAAUGAAGUCCUGUACAGAGCCGGGAUUCAUCCCCUCUCUCUCGGCUCCGUCCUGAGCGCCUCGCGACGGGAGGCCCUGGUGGAUGGCGUGGUGGAGUUCAGUGCAGCCUGGCUGCAGGGCAAGCUUCAGGGCCACCCGCAGCACACGCAGGUCUACCAGAAGGAACGGUGCCCUGCUGGCCACCAGCUGUUGAAGGAAGCGUUUGGGCCUCCAGGUGGGUUCCAGAGGCUCACCUGGUGGUGCCCACAGUGCCAGCCCCAGUUGUCGGAGGAGCUGGAGCAGCGCCAGGUCUCCUAAGGAGCUCCGGGUGCUCGUCAUGGAACCUUGCCCCUUGGGGACCCUGACGUCUAAGUGUCCAGAAAGGAGGAUGUGGGCAGAGACAGGGUGUAGAGGAUAGUGUGGUGCCAGCAUGAGAAUAUGCUGGAGUUAUGUUGAAGGCAGAGUUUUCAUAGGGUCUGAUUUGUUUCUUCUUUUUCUAGUUCAGUUAAUUCUUCCUGUUGAAUUGCAUCAUUGUGAAAGAUGAGGGAAAUCAUGGUGUUGGGUAAGGGGAAACGUCCCGAAGGCAGUGGGGCAAGGAAAGAGCUCAUGGGAAGUAGCUGUGCUCCCUGCAUGGCUUUGCAGAUGAUGUGGGGUUUUUUUGGUGUUUGUUUUGAGACGGGUCUCGCUCUGUCUCCC